CAGUCAUUUCAUGUUUUAUUGAGUCUUUUAUAGAUUAAAGAUGUUUCAGUAUAUGUCUAAGCAGGAUGAGAUGGUAGUAGUUAUCUAUGAGUUUGUAGACAACAUUAAAAGUCAUGACCCCGACACAAAGGACGGAGACGAUGACACACAUAGACACCUAGAAGCCCAUCACACAGGUGGAGAAACUACAUGGAGAAUAUGUUACAGAGUGACUACAGUGUGUUUGGUGCUGCUGUGUGUUCUCCUCCUGACGGCCAUCACAGUGGUGUGGAUUAAAUACAACAACCUGAAUACAGAAUACAGCCAGUUACAGACCAGUAACAACAAACUGACUAUAGAGAGAGACCAGUUACAGACCAGUAACAAAAACCUGACUAUAGAGAGAGACCAGUUACAGACCAGUUACAACAAACUGACUAUAGAGAGAAACCAGUUACAGACCAGCAACAAAAACUUAACCACAGAAAGAGACCAGUUACAGAAGGAAAAAAAGGAAGUCCAGAAGCUUUUUAAACCAGGAUGGGUCUAUGUCAGCUCCAGUCUUUACUACAUCUCUACUGAGAACAAGACAUGGACUGAGAGCAGACAGGACUGUAGAGAGAGAGGAGCAGACCUGGUGAUCAUAAACAGCAGAGAGGAACAGGAAUUCAUCAAAAAGCAGCUGAGCAGCAGAAAAGCUUGGAUUGGUCUGAGUGACAGAGACAGAGAGGGCGAGUGGAAGUGGGUGGACGAUACAACACUGAGCACCAAGUUCUGGAUAAGUGGAGAACCCAACGGUGCUAGAAAUGAGAACUGUGUUGUAACUGGUCAUCAGACUAAUCCUGUGUGGAACUGGGCUGAUUAUCCCUGUAAUGAUAAGUUUAUGUGGAUCUGUGAGAAGACAAUCUCUAACUGA